GCAACGUGUCCCUGUUCCGUGGACUGGGAAGCCCCUAGCGCUGAGCUGCCAACGCCCGGCGUAAAGACCCAAAUAGAGGAUACGAUCUUGAAUGAAUAGAAAAGACUGUCAAACACAGCUAUGCAGACCAUCAAGUGUGUUGUAGUUGGUGACGGUGCUGUGGGUAAAACCUGCCUGCUCAUCUCUUACACCACAAACAAGUUUCCCUCUGAAUAUGUACCUACGGUGUUUGAUAACUAUGCUGUUACUGUAAUGAUUGGAGGUGAACCCUACACUCUGGGCUUGUUUGAUACAGCAGGUCAGGAAGACUACGACAGGUUACGACCUCUGAGUUAUCCUCAGACAGACGUCUUCCUCGUCUGUUUCUCCGUCGUGUCCCCCUCCUCCUUUGAAAAUGUUAAAGAGAAGUGGGUUCCAGAGAUCACCCAUCACUGUCCAAAGACCCCCUUCCUCCUAGUUGGGACGCAGAUUGACUUGCGGGAUGAUCCCUCAACUAUAGAGAAGCUGGCAAAGAACAAGCAGAAGCCCAUCACUCCAGAGACGGCCGAGAAGCUGGCCAGAGACCUCAAGGCUGUGAAAUAUGUGGAAUGCUCAGCCCUCACACAGAAAGGCCUAAAGAAUGUGUUUGAUGAGGCGAUAUUGGCUGCACUGGAGCCCCCAGAGCCCAAGAAGAAACGGAAAUGUGUGCUGCUAUGAGAGGCUCCUACACACACACACACACACAUACACACCACCAUACAACACAUCCUUAAAUGCACACACCCACACACACACAUAAAUAGCCACCUCCCCUGCUCCCGUUACUCCUCCCCUUGCUCAGCCUGAUUGACAGCACUGGUCUUCCACAGGGAGACGAGCAAAGCAACAUAAGUUUCACAUAAUUCUCUGCAAUAACACGACGCUUCACCCCCAGGUCUGAGUGUGAGACAGAGGAGGAGCUUGAUCUGGUCGCCUCAGACAGAGAUCCACACACACACACAAGUAGAACUCUAAUCUUACAUUCAUCCUCAGUGUCGUGGCCUCGUCAGCGUCUCUUCGUCCUCUGCACUCACACAUAUGUGUCGCUGUAACACGUGGGGGGGGGUAGCAAGAGUUGCUAAAUGCUGCUAAAGCAAUGGCAACACAUUGUCCAGCGUUGUUGGAUGAACAGUGGGGAGAAGAGCGUCCAGAGCUUUUAAUCAUCGUUUAACAUGACGUGAACAUUCCUCAAUGCGGCACAGCCACAGAAUACAUAUGUAUAAGCCCCUCCCAGCCUACUCAUACAUGGCUACUCAUGCUGUUGCCCCACCCCCUCAUUUCCUAAGAUUGUCGUCAGCCCCACCAGAAGAAUUGCAAAUAGAGUAGUUUUAUUUUCCUCUCCUGAAACACACGACACGUCUGAGAUAUUUAUUACUCUUCAGUCUGAUAGGACAGGUGAAUAUGGCCAUGUAGCAGCCAGUCCUGUGCAGAGCUGCAGUGCAUUUGGAGUGUGGCGAUCACUUGAAGAGCUAAAGCAUCUAGUAGUCAUGGAUCCACAGGAACUGGCCUUUUAGAUGCAGGGAAUAUAAACAGUGUUAGCGGAGCGAGUGGUGUGUCAGGGACCAAGGGAGAAAAAAGAAAAGGUCCGAUUUAUACGCCAUUGCAUGACACUUAUAAAUAUAUUGAUCUGAUCCAAAAGAACAUAAAUGUUCACUGAACACAGACUCUGUUCUUUACAGCUUACAUGUUCUCAAAUGAUUCUAUCAGACUGAUAUUGUUAUUCGUCAAAGUCAUCACAUCUGUGGGAUGUUUUCACAUGGAGACGACUGGAACCGCGUUAGGUUUUGUCGAGCAGUUACAAAAGUGUCAAAUGACGGAGUAUAAAUCAGACUGAGGAGCAGGACACUGUCGGACACAGUCAUCUGAUUUCCAGGUCAGUCUGGUGUGUGUGUCUGUCAGUGUGUGUGUGCAGUCUGCAGGACUCCUGUCCACCGUGCUGCAUGGAGCUCAACCCUGGUCUCUGCUCUCAGUGAUAAUUAUAAUGUAAGCUGGCACACAAUGUUGAUGUAGGCUCCAGGUGUUAUUACCAAAAUCUUUUUUUUCUUUAUUAUUUCUGUUUGUGCUGUAAGUACAUAUAUA